AUGCUCCUGCGGAUAGCAAAAGAGGUGUCGACGGAGCUCCCCGUUCCAGGACUUAGCACUGCCCUCGAGAUUGCUGUGAACAUUGCUGAGCAAGCUAAGGAGGUCAAAGACACCCGCGAUGGUUGCCGAUCGCUCGCCGAACGAGCCACCUACUUUGCGUGGGGGGUCUAUGACCAACUGAAGCACUGUGACGUCGAUACACAGUCAAUCUCGACGAAGGAACACGUGCAGUUAUUGCUUUGCAUGCUGUGCGAAAUUGAGGGCCUCAUGAAACGUCGUCGUAGAAUGCGAGCUCUCACCUUCUUGCGACGGCACGCCGAUGUCGCCCAGGACGUCCAAAAGCUCAACAUUCAGCUCGAGGAUGCCAUCAAGCUGUUCACUAUGCAAACCGGCAUUGACAUCGAGCAGAAGAUGGACGUACUUUUGAGCACAAACGUCCGCCUCCUGCAGCAUGUCGAAGACUCCGCGAGGGUCGGAGAUGCACUUCUUUGGGAAGCUAGAGACAUCCGCAUCGGCGUCUGCGAUUUGGCGCAGCGCCUCCACGGCAGCGCAACAUAUGAGGGCAACUUCCGGCUUUUCUCCCGCGAGAAUCUUGACCUCGUAGAGCCCAUAUACAACACGGUGUCGCGGCAUACUCUCCCGCGUCAAGCAGAUGACCACGCUCUCAGUCGCAGAGUGGCCCAGCAACGGAAAGGACGCGUCGUGCGCUACCGUGCGACCGUGAAAGCGGCUGGUGAGUUAUCUGGCACUCAGGUUGUCGUUCAUGUGUACCCCGCCCGCGACAAGAGCGGGUUCAUGGAGGCCGUCACAUGUGGCCACCAAACAUGCAAUCCGUACAUUUUGGCAAUGCUGGGAUAUUCUCGUCCCGGAACCGUGGGCGAGGCACCAUACAUUGUGACAGAAGAUUAUUCCCCGCUCACUGAAUAUCUCCGCUCUCUCCAUGGGACGGACUUGUUCCGUGCGAUCCUGCGGAUGACCAUGGAUAUAUGUAUGGCCGUCGAUCAUUUGGAAACGAUAGAACUGCACCGUCAAGUCUUGUGCGAAGAGGAUUAUUGGGCAUACGGUCCACAAUAUGAAUUUACAUUGGGCGACCUUGUGUUUGAUCACCGUCAUGGAGGCCGUAUCAAGUGGGCGCGGGAUCCGCUCAGGGAAGCGGCUGACAGUGAUGCAUUCGCCCCCGCUACGCUGGAAGACAGGGCGUGUUUGAUGCACGGUCUGCAAUCCCGCUGA